AUGACUCGUCAAUAUCAUGGAUCAAAUCAUCCAUGGAUGGCUCUCCUCACCGAUGACCCCAGAUGCCCCAUACCAGCCAAAUGGGUUCGUGAAUUGUUGUGUUCAUUUGUUGGAGAUCUGUCGACUAAGGUUCUGUGCACAGAAGCUGUUGCCCAUGCAAUUGAGGCACAGCACCCAAGUAACAGCACCUGGGGUCAGGAUGAUGGUGUCUGGGGUAAGCGGGAUGGUGAAACUCAGACACAGAGUGCCCUUGGAUUGGGUGACAAUGCAACUCAGACCACCCUUGGAUGGGGGCCCGCACCUGAAAGUCCUCAAGUGGACUCUCGCUUUCCAGUCCCUCAAAAACUCAGUGGCCAAAAAUCAGGAGAAGACUGGAAGGCCUUCUUUGUGUGGUGCCUUGAGGAAAAUCGGAAGAAGCAGGAGAAGGAAUCCCCAGCUCAAUGUCAAUCACGUGAGAGUCGGGAACAGGCAGUGAAGAGCCAUAAUCUUCCUGGACAGUCCAGCAUGGUGUCCUCUUACUUAAGGGUCUUAUUUUUCAUGGUAGAUAAUGUGUUUGCUUUGAGGCCUUUGUCAAUUGAAUAG